AUGAGGAGAGAUAAGAGUUUAUAUCUUCUAGCACUUGUCGCUAUCAUGUUUCUUGUAUUCAUCACAUCUUCUAUAACCUCAGUCGAGGGAAGAAAGCAUAAUGUCAAUAAAGGCAAGCCUCGUAAGCAUCGAAAAGAUAAGAACAACAAAGGCAACGGUGCUUCACACUCAAGCCCUGCACCAGGGCCUCUUCCUGGUUACGACUAUCAUCCAACUGGUUCGAACAUUUUUGAUGUUUUGUCUUUUGGAGCCAAGGGUGACGGAGUUUCCGAUGAUUCAAAGGCACUUCUAGCAGCAUGGAAAGCUGCCUGCAAGGUGCCUGAGGCAACUGUAGAAAUUCCAUCAGAAUUCAAAUUCCUGGUCAAGCCCAUAACUCUUCAAGGUCCAUGCAUGCCUAACCUUGUUUUUCAGAUAGAUGGAGCUCUGUUAGCCCCCCCAAAAGUGGGUUCCUGGCCAAAGUCUAGUUUGUUUCAAUGGCUAAACUUCAAAUGGAUCCAGAAUUUUACUAUUCAAGGUACUGGAGUUGUUGAUGGUCAAGGCUCUCAGUGGUGGACUCCAUCUGAUCAGAUUUAUUAUAUUCAGAAAAAAUUCAAACACAUUCCAAAUAGGAAACCAACCGCUUUAAGAUUCUACUCAAGCUACAAUGUGACAGUUCGCGACAUCAAAAUCAUAAACAGCCCUCAAUGCCACCUAAAAUUUGAUAGCUCAGGUGGUAUCAAAGUAAACAACAUUACAAUUUCUUCUCCAGAGAGUAGUCCAAAUACCGAUGGUAUUCAUCUGCAAAACACACGAGAUGUAGAAAUUCUCUAUUCCAAUAUUGGCUGUGGAGAUGACUGUGUAUCCAUUCAGACAGGUUGCUCGAACGUUCAUAUUCACCAUAUUAAUUGCGGCCCUGGUCAUGGGAUUAGUUUGGGAGGUCUGGGGAAAGACAAGAGUGUUGCAUGUGUCUCGGAUAUAGUUGUUGAAAAGAUCUCACUGCUGAAUACACUAGCUGGAGUUAGAAUCAAGACUUGGCAGGGUGGUAUGGGAUCUGUCAAGAACGUGUCAUUCUCCAAUAUUCAAGUCUCUGACGUAAAGGUUCCUAUAAUAAUUGACCAGUACUACUGUGACAAGAAUGUUUGCAAGAACCAAACAGGAGCCGUGGCAAUAUCUGGUGUUAAAUAUGAUCAAAUAAUCGGAACUUAUUCGGUACAACCGGUUCAUCUUGCUUGUAGCAAUGACAUCCCAUGCACUGACGUUGAUCUUAUCGAUAUUCAAUUAAAACCCUCCCUUAGAUAUCGAGGUUUCCAUCAAGCAUUAUGUUGGAACUCUUAUGGGAAAUCACAGGCCCCUUUGCUUCCUUCAAGCAUAGACUCUUGCCUGAGAAGGGAUGGUGGUUCAGUCAAGAGAAUAGCUAGAUCUCGCGAGAAUGUUUGUUUUUAG